AUGACUUUCCAACGCCUAACUUCAUCAAACUGUUCAAUCAAAAAUGGAGGGUUACCAUUUGUUAACUGUUCCUCGCAUGUCGUCGCCACCUGCGUUUUCUCUAACUGCACUCAAAUCUGGACCUCCUCCGAUCCGAUUCUUGAAAACAUUUCAAACACCAUAGAGUAUCAGGAAUUCAAUGGCGGAGUGGAUGAGGAAUUUGAAGUAUUCAGAGAAAGGAGUCGCUUCUGGAUUCAGCGAGUCCUGGUGCCAAUGAUCCUAAUCAUUGGUCUGAUUGGAAACACUGUGACGAUCGUGAUAAUGACCAGGCGGCGCAUGCGCUCUUCUACCAAUAACUACUUGGCAGCUUUAGCAAUUUUUGACAUGAUGUAUCUAAUCUGCGUUUUUGGUCUUUCAUUGUUUCAUUAUCCAGGGAUCCAGGAUCCCCGCUACGUUGUCUACUGGCAUAUUCGACCCUUCGUUAUCAUGUUAACAGAUGCCUGUAGCAACACAUCAGUUUGGUUAACAGUGACAUUUACGAUAGAGAGGUACAUUGCAGUUAGCCAUCCAAUCAAGGGAAAGAUAUACUGUACAGAGUCCAGAGCAAAGAAGGUCAUCGUUUUUGUGUCAUUGAUUUGCUUCUUCUUGACCUUGCCAACCCCGUUUGAGUGGACAGUCAUCGAAAUCACUGACGAUGAGACCAACGAGACGACAAUCUCGAUGGAUUUCUCAGAUUUUGGAAAUAACAAUCUCUAUAAAACCGUAUACUAUACCAUGACGGCAAUCUUAUUCGUCUUUAUUCCCCUUUUUCUUCUUGCCAUAUUUAAUUCCUUCCUCAUUAGGUCGGUUCAUCUUUCUAAGAUACAGCGGAACACCAUGACACAUCUCAGAGAGUCGCGAGAUUCUCUCCAGCAAGAAAAUAAGAUCACGGUCAUGUUAAUUGCAGUAGUGGUGUUGUUCUUCAUAUCUCAGCUGCCAACAGCAGCAACGUUGGUGUAUACAUCCUUACAUGCAGUUCCUCCUAACACCAACAAAGAAGCUCUUCUUCAAGGACUAGGUAACAUCUUUAACUUUCUGGUGUGUAUCAAUGCGGCAGGAAACUUCGUUUUGUACUGUUUACUCAGUCAGAAGUAUCGGAGAACUUUUCUUCAGACUUUCUGUCCGUGCAUCAAAAACAAGCUAGUCCGCCUACAGUCCGUUUACCAGAGAUCUGCCUAUAGUAAUGUCAACGAUAAUUCGCAGCUGUCCAGAAAUACGGUGGUUCGGCGAUCCAAUCAAAGCAGAGCUGACAGCAAAACACUUGGAACCAACGGAGAAGGUGAGUCAAAAAAACACGAUUUUUCGGAUGCCUCUAGCAAUAAGUGGAGAGCUGAAGAAGGAGACAGUUUCUCUGUCCUUUCCCGAACGAAUAAACAAAGCCAUAACUUUGAAGAGGAGAGAUCGGGAAAACGAAAGAAGCUCCCAUCCAUUUUUAAUAACCAGUGGAGAAAGAUGUUGGGGCAGGGCGAAAGAAGAACAGGUAAUCAGGAAAAAACCGUUACAUUCCAGGCAGAUAACGAUUCUGUUAUUCUGAGCUCUCCAGAGGGCGUACUUUCAAUAAACGUACACUCAGCAGUAUAA